GGGUCCUCACCAAACCCUCCAUCUGGGCUGACCCAGGUGUCAUGGUCGCCAAGGGAAGCCCUGUGACCAUCUUAUCUCCAGGAUCUCUGAGGGCUGAUGAUUACCGUCUGUAUAGAGAGAGGCCCUCUGGACUCUGGGAGGCUAAGGCCCCACAGGACUCCAGUAACAAGGCCAGUUUCCCCUUCGAAUCCUCGAGCUCAAGCACCGCAGGGCAGUAUCAGUGUGUCUAUCGCAGCAGGAAAGACAGGGGUGCACAGAGCCCCUCCCUCUCAGCCCAGCCACGCCCUGUGGUGGCCUCAGGAGGGAGCGUGUCCCUGGCAUGCAGCUCACAGUUUGCAGGGGGCACUUUGCACCUGCUGAAGGAGGGAGGCGUGUACAGGGAGCCCUCCGUCUCAGCCCAGCCAGGCUCACUCGUGCUCCGUGGAGACAGCCUGAUCGCCG